UCAUCUUGUUUUCACGUUCUCAGCAGCUGUGUGGGAAUGUGGAGCCCACAUUAUGAGAAUUUAAAAAAAAAGUGGACCCCUUGUGGUUAUGCAGGGAAACAGAAGCAGAGAGCUUAACGUGGCCCUCAGCUCACACAGAGCUGCUCCAUGAGUGGGAGGCAACAACCUGCACCGACGCUCACACACACACUCCAUCCCAGUUGUUUGCUGUUUGUUGUGUUCGGAGGAAGACCCUCGAGGAGGCGCAGAAACCAUGGAAGAUGAGAGCAGGAGGAAGCUGAAGGAGAAAUUUGGCCUGAGGCAGGACAUCUUUAAGGAGUUCCUGGCAGAAUUUCUGGGGAUAUUUGUCCUGAUACUCUUUGGAUGCGGUUCAGUGGCCCAGACCGUGCUGAGCAGAGGGGCUCUYGGAGAGCCGCUGACCGUCCACAUUGGUUUCACCCUGGGAGUCAUGAUGGCCGUCUACAUGGCAGGAGGAGUCUCAGGAGCCCAUGUGAACCCUGCUGUCUCUCUGGCCAUGGUGAUUCUGGGGAAGCUACCGUUGAAAAAGUUUCCUGUGUACGUCUUGGCACAGUUCCUGGGAGCUUUUGCUGGAUCCUGUGCUGUCUUUGGAUUAUAUUAUGAUGCUUUAAUGGAUUACACCAAUGGAGAGUUUGCCGUAACUGGAGUAAAUGCCACAGCCAAUAUAUUUGCAUCUUAUCCUGCAAGUCAUCUCUCAGUCCUCAAUGGGUUUGUUGAUCAGGUAAUUGCGACAGGUGCGCUGAUCCUGUGCAUCCUGGCCAUCACGGACAGGAAGAAUAUUGGCGCCCCGAAAGGCAUGGAGCCCCUGUGCAUCGGGCUGAUCAUCAUGGCCAUCGGGGUUUCCAUGGGUCUGAACUGUGGCUAUCCCAUAAACCCGGCCCGGGACCUCGGCCCGCGCCUUUUCACAGCUGUGGCUGGGUGGGGCAUGGAGGUGUUCAGAGCCGGGGGCUGCUGGUGGUGGAUCCCUGUGGCAGGACCCAUGGUGGGUGGAGCGGUUGGAGCAGUAGUUUACUUUGUCUUCAUUGAUCUGCACCAACAUGAACCUGAGAGACGGGCGGACAAUGUCCAGGACAAAUAUGAAGUUAUUGCACUCAGUUAAAGUUUGAARAAUGGAUGUUAAAGCACAGAUCUACACAACAGUGAUCUAUUUAUAGGCAGCAGGCUUAAUGAGUCUCAGACUUGAAUUAUUAGUUGGGUUUAAAAAAAUGCAUAACAUUUUAUUUUACAGUGGCUAUGCAACAUUUUAAACGGUCUCCUUAUUGGGAGAGUCUUCGAUUAUUAGAAUAGUUUACAUUUACAGUAUUUUUCAUAGUCUGACAAAACAGAACUUUAUUAGAUGAAGUGUGUAUACACAGUAUAGUAAUUAAUAUAUYGGUUUUUAGUUUUUGCAACCAAGUUUUGUAACAUUUUUUUCAACUUUUUCAUGCUUGUAAAAUAAUGUAUGACUGAUUGCUUUAUAGUUCUUUAAUUCUUUUUGUUUUUAUACCACAUAUUUAGAUAUACCAGCCUUAAAAAGCAGUAUUCAUUAUAAUUUUUGACUUUUACACUAAAGUUUCAAAGUUGUUUGAUAUAAACUUCACUUUUAAAUCUGUGUCUUAGACGUUCUUAUUUCAGAUAUCUUACUAAUAAAAAGCCAUAAGAGAUAUUACUUUGGUCAACUGGCUGGAGGAGAAAAAGACUUUUGCAAAUACAUUGUGUUUUAACUGAGUCAAGACUAACAAGCUUCACGUUGAAAACAUGAGCUGAAUGAGGUCAGACUUGAUAAAUGCCAUAUCAGUGCAACGUCACAAAUUAAACAAUAAGAAAAUUGUCAAUCCUGCUUGAAAGUGUGAAGUAAAAUACAUCUGUCACAUGAAGGUGUCUAUUAAAAAGUAUUAUUGUUGUGUUAUUUCUUGCCGUUUUACAGCAGCACAGAGGUUAAUUAAUGCACAGGACAACUGUUUGGCCACAUGCCAAUCACAAUAAAAUGUUCUUUUUUGUGAAACAGAAAAAUGUGGUUUGCUGUGAGAUUUGAUAUUGAUUGUUAUCUUUUAGGUCUUUUUUCACCAAAUCCAAAUGUGUUUUAGUGUUCUGCAGUUUACUUUGUAUUAAUUUCUUAAUUUUCCAUCUAAAACAACAUUUUUCACUGUUUGCUGUGUAUAUGAAGUAACUUUUGUUUUAAAUGAGGUAUGAGUGUUGUGGUAAUGUUAUUCUAAAAAGCAUCUAAGGUGUGUAAUUAUGUAAGAUGAAACAAUAUUUUGUGAAACACAGGUGUGUGACGUGUUACUGAAUGGUCUUGUACAAAACAUCAACUUAUGUCUGAGCUGUGUGCAAAUAAAAAAUAUAAUUCUCCAAGUGAA